GCGCAUACUCCGCAGAAUAGGUUGACCUAGCCCACUCAUAUCAGUAGGUAGAUUUGCAGUGCAGGUGAAAGCCAAGAGAGAUCACUAAUCCAUCGGGCACCGAUCGCGUUGGAGUUCGGAUUCGGAAUCCCAUAAGAUUCAUCCGUCUUCUCCCCCAAACACCACGUCCACAUUACAUCUUCCCGAAUAUCCUUCACCAUGGCCGACAUCGACAUCACUGAGGCCCAGUUCCAGCUUCCCGACGGAUUGUCCGUCUACCAGAAGACAUGGGCACCGAGUAACGCUGCUCCCGUCGCCCGCCUGGUCCAUUUCCAUGGUUUUAGCGACCACAUCAACAACACGUUUGAUUUGUUUCCCUCUCUAGCGCGCCGUGGAAUCUACUGCACGGGAAUCGACCAGCGUGGUUGGGGCCAGUCGGCCAAAACCAAGGCCGACCGCGGGAACACGGGCCCAACCGCUGCCAUUCUAGCCGAUUUUGCAGCGUUCAUCGAGGUCCAACUCGAAGCGAAACCGUCUGUUCCCGUCUUCGUAAUGGGCCACUCAAUGGGCGGUGGACUAGUCGCGACCUUGGCCUCCACGCCCAAGUAUCAAAAUCUUGUUUCCCGCCUGGGGGGUAUCAUGCUCGAGGCACCGUUUAUCGGGCUCGACGCCGAGCAGGAACCAAGUGUCAUCACGGUCGUCCUCGGUCGUUUAGCAGGUAAACUACUGCCACGCUUCCAAAUUACCCAACCGAUGAAGGUCGAAACGAUCGUGCGGGACCCCGCUGUGCAGCAAAUCCUGAAGAAUGAUCCGUUAAACCCUUGUGUCGGCACACUGGAGAUGUUUGCGAACAUGCUCGACCGUGCCGCCGAUUUGACUUCCGGUAAACUUAAGCUGAACGAGGGGGUCCGGUCUGUCUAUGUGACCCAUGGCACGGGGGACCAGGUCACCAGCCAUGAUGCGAGCAAGCGCUGGUUUGAUGCACAGACCGGCAAGGUUGCGGACCGGAAGUUCAAGUCUUAUGAUGGUUGGAGCCAUGUGCUUCAUGCGGACUUGCCGGAGAAUAGGCAAGAGUUUGCUGAUGAUAUUGCGGAGUGGAUUCUAGCAAGGGUGUAGAUCUUGCAAUAAUCAGAUAUAUUCGGUUUUAUAGCUCCUAGUUAAUGUUUUUAUGCAAAUAUUCC